AUGGAAGUGACCAACCAGUCUGCUGUGACAGAGUUUGUCUUGCUGGGGCUGUCAGAUCAGCCAACGCUUGAGAAAACUUUCUUUGUGCUCAUCUCAUUGAUGUACCUGGUGAUCCUAUUAGGGAAUGGGGUUCUCAUCCUGGUGACUGUGUUUGACUUCCACCUGCACACACCCAUGUAUUUCUUCCUGGGGAACCUCUCCUUUCUGGACAUCUGCUACACGACCUCUUCCAUCCCUCUAGUCCUUGAUGGUUUCCUGACUCCCAGGAAAACCAUCUUUUUCUCAGGCUGUGCUGUGCAGAUGUUUCUCUCUUUUGCCAUGGGAGCUACAGAAUGUGUGCUUCUGGGCAUGAUGGCGUUUGAUCGCUACGUGGCCAUCUGCAACUCCCUUAGGUACUCUGUGAUCAUGAGCAAGGCUGGCUAUGUGCCCAUGGCUGCUGGCUCCUGGGUAGCUGGUGGAACAAACUCUUUGGUGCAGACUUCUCUUGCAGUACAAUUACCCUUCUGUGGGGACAAUGUCAUCAAUCACUUCACCUGUGAGAUCCUGGCCGUUCUAAAGUUGGCCUGUGCUGACAUCUCCAUUAACGUGAUCAGCAUGGAGGUGGCCAAUGUGAUCUUCCUGGGGGUUCCAGUACUGUUCAUCUUUGUCUCCUACAUCUUCAUACUCACCACCAUCCUAAGAAUCCCCUCAGCUGAGGGGAGGCGAAAGACCUUCUCUACCUGCUCUGCCCACCUCACUGUGGUGGUCAUUUUCUAUGGGACUAUUCUUUUUAUGUAUGCAAAGCCCAAAUCAAAGGACCCUCUGGAAGCAGACAAGCAGGAUGUUUCAGACAAGCUCAUCUCCCUUUUCUAUGGGGUGCUGACUCCCAUGCUCAACCCCAUUAUCUACAGCCUCAGAAACAAAGAUGUCAAAGUGGCUGUGAAGAAACUAUUAAGUCAGAAAUGCUUCACCCAGUGAUGGUGGGAGGAAGUGGUGUAUCCAGUGGUUCUGUGCACAAAGAUAAUCCAUGAAGAAAUGACUGUUUGUAAACAUAGACUUGCACAAUGGUUCUCACACAUCAGUUUCAUCACAAAACUGUCCAGACAGAAUGUGCAUCAAGAUGGGGCUUUCCUGAGUGAUUGACUAGGGAACAGCCACUCUUUAAGAUUAAGAUGGUUGUGCUAAAUCACCUAUAACUAAGAAUGUGACUAUUAAAUUUUAUUUUUCUAUUCUGACAAAAAUGAACAAUAAAGGUUAAGACUUUGUGAAAAUAUAUUUACA